UGGGAAUGCCUCUUCUGGUGGGGCCUCGUGCACAAGAUUGCUGUUGAUUUUCACAUCAAGCUAUCUCUGAGCUGUGCCGGGGAACCAAGUGUGAGAAGGACCUGCCGGUUUCCUUGACACCUGCUGGAGAUGCCGGAGGGCCCAUCCUUAAGGAAGUUCCAGCUGCUGACCUCCCCUUUUGUGGGACAAGUGGUGGCCAAGGUGGGGGGAAGCAGCCGGAAGAUCAGUGUGAAUGCCCUCAAUGCCCUGAGGCUCCAGGACUCCCAGGUUCAUGGGAAGAACUUGUACCUGGCUUUUGUGGCAGCUGAAGGUCCCUUAGGACCAACUGCAGAAGAGGCAGCGCUGCAAAGAGAGACUGAUAGUGGGGCAAGUUCUGCCCAGGGAGGGCACAAACAGGUUUGUGCUCCACAGACGCAUCCCCAAGAUGAGGAGCUGCAACUCCAGCACUCAGGAUCUGAAGGCACAGAUGCAGCAGAUUGUCCAAGCAACUGGUUGUGCUUCCACUUUGGCUUGUUUGGCAGCGUUCGGGCAAAUGAGUUCUCAAGAGCGAACAAAGCCAAUAAGAGGGGUGACUGGAAGGACCCUGUACCCAGACUGGUUCUGCACUUUGAGAGCGGAGGCUUCCUUGCUUUCUACAACUGCCGAAUGCACUGGUGCUCGUCUCCAAGGGCUGACCCUGCUUCUGACAUCCUGUCUGUGGAGUUCCACCGUGGCCGGGCGCUGGAUGCCCUCCACUCACCUGACCCCAUCUGCUACACCCUCUUAGACCAAAGAUAUUUCUCAGGGCUGGGGAACAUCAUUAAGAAUGAGAUCUUGUACCUGGCCAAGAUCCAUCCGUUAACACCAGGCUCUCUCUUGGAGCUCUCAGAUCUGGAGCGUCUGCUUGACUGUGCCAUUCAGUUCAGCUCUGACUGGCUGCACAGCAAGUUGCAUGACAAAAGGCUGCACCCUCAGAUCUACCAGAAGAAGCAGUGUCCCCUCGGGCAUGCAGUGAUGAAAGCAACCCUUGGACCCUCAGGUGGCUUUAAAAGACUUACGUGGUGGUGUCCUCAGUGCCAGCCUGCGGUGCUGUCAGGGGAUGGGGAUCCUUCCCUCGUCACCGAGUGA